UGUUGCUUUCGCCGUUCCCGUUAUGGCCCCGGGCAAGCGCCCUUUUUCGGUGGGGAAACCCACCAAGAUUAUUGACGUUAACCUUCUCCAUGUUUCGUCCUCCCACGCCAAUGAGUUUCUUUUGCGUGAGCUUGCGAAGCAGCACGGUCUCCGACUGACCGGUGUCCUGCAGUCCUGUGGUGGAUGCCUGCAGGGGAAGGGGAAGAAGGCGGGCGUGCCUCACCAAUUGGGCACGCGCGCGGAGCGGCCGCACGAUCUUUGGCACAUCGAUAUGUGUGGGCCGAUGACGGCCUCGCUGGGGGGUUCGUUUUUCAUGAUUAUGUUCGUGGACAGCUUCUCGCGGUGGAUGAAGCUGUACGGGAUGAGGCGCAAGUCGGACACCCUCGCCUUCGUCAAGAAGUUCCUCGCCGACAUGAGUGGCACCGGUGUCCCUCGCUCUUUCCGGAUGGACAACGGGGGGGAGUUCAUCGGACGCGACUUCAUCGCCUUCUGUGACAACGCCGGCAUCCGCCGUACGUACACGGCGCCGGACACCCCGCAGAGAAAUGGUCCGGCGGAGAGUGCGAUCUGGCGCGUGAACAAGGCCGGCCACGCCGCUCGUCUCGA